AUGAUUCAUUGCAUACAUGCAAAUGUGUCUGAAGGACUAAAGUAUUAAAACCAUACUGGGAAUGAUUGGUGAUCUGAGUCUAUACCAGCAUAAGAAAACAAAUACAGGUAAAAAUGAAUGACGUUCAAAGACUAGCGUUAGAAAUUUGCCAAAAUAGGACGGACUUGAGCGAUGAGAAGAAAGAAAGAAUCCGGAAGAUGCUACUGGAGCCAGAAAGUAUUGACAAUAUAUCUUUGCCGUCUACUUCUACUUCGAAUAGCAUGUAUCCAGUCAGUCCACAACGAGAAACAAAAAUUGGAGAAACGCAAAUGUCUAAUCUGGCUGAAGAAUUAGAACAAUGUAGAUUGUCGAGACGUUUUUCAAAAACAAGAAAGAUAUUCGGGUCCGAUAUGUGCCAAAAUACAGGAGAAUUAAAACGUGAGAAACGUUGGCCAUCAGCAGCUGCUAUUUUAGCGUCCAGAAAAAGCACACCUAAACUUAAAAGACAACUUUCCACAAUAGUCGCAUCUAAAGUUUCAAAAGAAAAUAUAAAUGGACAUGUUUUAAUUUCAAGUGCAAAUGAGAAUGAUGAACGGCAUUUUAGUGAAACGGUAUCUCAAGGACGUCGGUGUACUGUUCCAACGGAAAAUGGAAUCACGCAUCGUUUUGCUCAAAACGGUCAGACGCUGAGUCUUCCAAAACAUCUACCAUACGCUGGCGUAAAUGUAUUUUCACCUUUAAAGUAUAAAAAGAAAUACACUUUACAUGACGUUUAUAGAGAUUUGACCAUGAUGCGCAGAGCUGUUUCUUCUUGUUUAAUACCUAAAACAGACGAAAUUUACAAUUUAAAUGGCAACACUGUUGAAAUAAAUAACCAUGUGCCACUAGAUGACAAUUUGAUAAAAAGUGAACCGAAAGUUGAAACGACGGCUUCCAAUGGAUCUGGGGAAUGUCAAUUUCAUGAAAAAGAAGAAAAUGAUCAUCAACAAAGCAAUCAAAAAUUAUCAGAAGACCAUUCAAUUAAAAACGUUGAAAAAAUUCAUCUUUUAGAUAAAGCUCACAUAAAUCACAUACAUUUUGAUGAUAAUGCCAAUGUUAAAAAUGAUCAUCAAUGCAAUGAACCGGACGAACAGGUAUUAUCAGAAAAUAAUUCAGUUACCUCUAAUACUUCUGAUCGUGCUGUUAAUGAACAAAUAUCAGAAUUGUCAGAAAAUGGAAAAGAAUCCAAUUUUCUUGAUAAUAUGAGCGACACAAUCAAACAUAUUGAUGAAAACACCUCACUUGAUGAUAAAUUGAUAUGCAACCACAUCAUAUUAAAGCAGUCUGUCAACGAAACAGUAAAAGUAAAAAGUACAGCAAAAACAUUACACCGAGAAAAUGAGUCCAAAAUGAAUUAUUCAAAAACUGAGGAUGUUGACACGCCAAACGAUGAGGAGUCCAAAAAUUGUGAAUUUUAUUCUGAUGUGAAGACAUCAGUUUGUGCACAUGGCAUCUAUAAUAAAAGUUCAGAAAAUGCCAAACAUGCUACCGAUCAAAAUGAAAUAGCAUAUGAAAACAAUAGUGUAACAAAUACACAUAAUUCUUGUUAUUUGGAAAACCAGAAUGACAGUAAUCAAGGAAGUCUAGAACAUGUUGCAAGAGAAGAUCAAAUGCGUAAAAAUUGUCUUAAAAGCAAUUCCACAACUAAUAACAAUUUCACCAAUGAAUCAAAACAUAAAAGCAUAUGUAGCAUAAAAAAUGAUAAAAUGUUAAAUGCAAAAGGAGAAUUGAAAAGCAAAACCGAUUCUUCAAGUAAUAUGCCUCUACAGUAUGACCGCAUUACUGAGGCUAAAAGCUCAAGCAGAACAUUAUCAAUGUUAUAUUCAUAUAAGCUUCCUUAUGAUAAUAUUUAUGAUGAGGGCCAAAAAGUAAGUGAAAUCGAUGAUAAAACAGGUGAUUUUGUGCAUGGCCGUAGCUUAGAUUCUGAAUCGAAAGAAAUAAAUAAGGAAACAAUGUCAUUCGGAAGAGAGAACGUGAACAAUUAUCAUAUGUGUAGUCAUAGUGAUCUAGGUCGAAACGGUAUUACUAAUAAGUACGAAACUAUGAAGAUCUUAGACAAACUUUCUCAUUAUUCAUCAUAUAGACUUGACGAGGAUGACAAGUGUAUACACGUUCAAGAAAUUUCUAAUGGAAAACAUAUUUGUUCAGAUACCAUGACAACAAACGAAAAGGACAUAAAACGUUGUAGGAAAAGUCCUAACAGAGAAUUGAAAGAAGAUAUAGCGUCAGUUAAAUAUAAAGACAUAAGAAAGAAAAAUGAGAAGUACCUAAAUGUUAAAACACCAAACGGUACUGUCGGUUAUAUUGCAUAUAGAACAAUAAUCGCUGACCAAACAAACGUUAACAAUGUGGAACAAUCAAUCAAGAAAAAGAAAAGCGUACCACUUCGAAUGAAUAGUGACCAAAAAAUGAAACAAAAUGGAACAAUACAGCAUGAAUACUCUUUCAAAAGAUCUAACAUAAAAUUUAACACUGAUAGUAGCAAUAAUAACGGUAAUCAACUGCAAUCAAAACCCAAAAGUUUGGCAAAAUGUCGGGAUGAAUUAUACAGUAACUGUAGAUGUCACAAACAUCGAGGUCAAGACCAGAAUGACACUGGUCAACUAAGAACACGCAAAGCAAAUUCUCAUUCAAAAUCACGGGAUAUUCGAAAUAAAGUAUUGCCGAAACAGUUGAAUAACGUUAGAAAUAUUCCAAACGUCAAAUUUUCCCAAGCUUCUUCUGAUAAUAAAUUAUGCACAAUAAAUAACACAAUAAUAGAGGGAAUGUACCAAACUCAACAAAAGAAUGAUAGUUAUAAUUCCUUUAAUACCUGUUUUAAGACAAUAAUUAAUGAGAACACGCAAUGUUUGACUGUGUCUAAAAACAACAGACUGGGUCAGCAUGGUAACUGUACACGAGAUACAUUUUCGGAUUUUAGAAAGAAUGGAGAAGCAAAAAUGUCUUUACAAAGUGAAGGAGUUAAAUUUAUAGACAGUGGUCAAGACAAGGAUAUCAGAAAUGUAAAUGUUGAAGAAUCUAAAGAUGAACUCCAAAUCCCCGAUGUUGAUGACGAUAGUGAUUCAGAUGAAGCUGGGAGCGAUGAUGAAGUUUUCAACGCUGAAAAAGAAGUUGACGAAGGAGAUGAUAAACCGAAACCACGUAAAUCUGUAAUGUUAUCGGGAAAUUCACGGAGGACUGACUUUACUUUAUCGAGUACUUUAAGCAAUAGAACACCAUUGAGUGAAUAUGAGUACACAGAAAGAGAAAUUGCAAAUGAUGUUAUUUCUACCAUUCUCGAUGACGUCAUAGAUCUCGUAUGGCAGGCAAAUGUAUCCAGAUUUAAAAAUCACGUAUGUAAAGCAAAUGACAUAUUCGGUGAUGAGACAGUAGGGUGUAUUGUUUUAGUCGACGAAGAGAAGCAGCCGCCUAUUUCAUUUGAUUGCGAAAUUCAAAAACCAUCUUCUUUUCCAAACACAGUCGAAACUUAUGAGAUAUUGAUUGGAAAUAUUGUAAAAAUUCAAAUCCAGGGUGAUCAGGCAGUAAGGGAGGGAUACUUAAAAGUAGCAGUCCCGUUCAAUAAAUCAAACAUGAGAUUUUUCCAUGAGCCAGUUCUUAGGAUUUUCAAUUCAAAAAGCAACUCAUGGAUAAGCAUUGAUUCUUAUGAGAAUAUAUAUUUUGAUGAGAAUGAUUUGGAUUUGUCUGUCCUGGAGGCUAACCUUAGUCAUGAAGAGGAAAGUGUUUAUGUAGUUGUUGCCAGACCUGCAGCUGAGUAUAUCACAUUUAAUAAAAACUUUCAAGACUACGAUUCUAGGAUAGAUAGUGAUGUCACGGUAUCAAGUCCUUUUGGAUCACGAAUCAAAACUGACACAGUUUCCAUCAAAUUUACGGUUUUGCCAAUAAGCGUUGACAUCAUAGCAGAGACUCGGGACUCUCCUGAAAAUGAUUGUCAGGCAUUGGUUGGAGCAAGUCCGGUUGUUAUCAUAGAACAAAGUUAUCGGAAUCCGCAGCCACUUUUCAUUUGUCUUCCAUGUGAACGACCAAGUCUCAAUGCUGUGAAAAACAGGUUAUCAGGUGCUCCUUGUCCUCAAGACUCUGGAAUAGUGACUAUGUCAAGACUUUCAAAAUGUGCAAUGCAUGAUUUUGUAGAAACAUGGUCUGAAACAGAGAGUCACCUAAUACGAAUUGGUGGAUGUGAACGAAUAAAGUGUGAACUCAUGACCUACAAUGAUGUUACAGAGGACAAUAAAGUAUCUUUUUGUAUACAUGAACAAAAAACAACAUGCCUCAUAGUAGAAACAAAGAAGGAAGCUACUAGACCAAAUAUCAAAUCAAUAGCAUUAAACAUUUUAAAAAUAAUCAAAUACCAACGAGUUGUUAUUUCAGUGAUACAGAACAAGAAUCUGAUACAGGAUUUAACCAUAACAUGCGACUUGAGGUCAAGAUACGCUACAAGAUGGCGUCGGCGACAAGAACAAGAUUACGAUAUUUCUUCAAAAAAUGCUAGUUUGAAAGAAGGUGAUAUAAUUUCACUUAAUUUGAGAGGGAAUUUAACAUCAAUAGGGAAACGUUUUCAUAUAUUUAGAUUUCAUGGUGCACAAGGUACCCGAGUAAACUGGAAUUUGCAAGUUGUUGAUAGUUAUUCUCAAAGGAGUUUAGAUUUUUAUUACGGGUUUGUUCAAUUGCUCAGUUUAAAGACUGUUCCUUCAAGUUUUGAAGAAGUAACAACCAUUGACGGACACGAUUGGAAUGUUGUUCUAGAAAUUCCUGUACGAUUACCAAAGCACCAAAUUGGUUCAAUUCCUCUUCCAGUUAGAACGAACUUAAAUGUUAUUGAAGAAGGUCCAGUUACACUUCAGUUUUUAUCGUCCAUUGCCGAUGGUUUAGCAGGACAUUGGAUGAAAGUUGCUUCUUCUUUGCAAAUAUCAAAUGCCAGGCUGCAAUCAUUACGAAGACAAAACAGAAACAGCGAUAAACAGCUAGUGAAGGAUUUAUUGUUUACAUGGUUUAAAAACAUGCCUCAUGCCAAAGAAAAGGCUUCAAUGUUGAUCAAUGUUUUGCAAAAUUGUGGAAAGCAUGAUAUAGCAGAAACGUUACGACAAGAAAACGAAAAAUUCAAUACAGAAAAAACAAAGAUAGCCACAGUACAUAGCGUAGGGAAAACAUUGAGUACUGUCAUCAAAAGUCCUCAUAUAAUAACUAAAUGGAAGGAACUUGCUACUGAGUUAGGAUUUUCCUUAGAAGAUAUCAACGACUUUCAUAAUUCUGGUAAAACUGAAGGAGAAAGGUGUUUGAAUAUGUUAAGUCGAUGGAUUGAUACAGGAAAACAGAGCUGGUUAAGAAUGCUGGCAAGAUGUGUACGAAGAAUAGGAUGCAAAUAUGUUGCAGAUCAUUUAUUGUCAACUCUAGUAAAGCAGAAUCAACUGACCUAUAAAAAGGACACAUAACUUCAUAGAGAACUAUCAUGUGCACCAAUCAUUUUCAUCUAAAUUGCAGCAUUUAAAAUGUAAAAAAUAUGUACUUCCGAUAUUAUCU